AUGGAAGUCUUGAAGAGUAAUUUCCACGAACUUUUUCCAAUCAUAAAGGAAGCUAUCAAUGGAGCCGAUCUAAUAGCUCUGGAUACUGAAUUGACUGGGCUGAGCGAGCAAAUUGAAAGAAUCAAGAGUUUUGACGAUCCACAGUCGAGAUACACGAAAAUCCAUCAAGACAACCCACCAGAUGAUGACACCAAAACGUUUGUUGAGGAAACGUUGAAGACCAUCGAAAUAUGGCUCGACAACUCUGAUAAACAAUUGAUAGUGGAGACACCAACUCUUAAACAGAAACGAUUGAUCUUUCAAGAAUUCAGAGCAAGGUACAAAAAGAUUUUGUCGGCCGAGAGUAGACCAAAGAGUAUCUUGUUCGAAAAGCUUACGGAUGCACAAAAAGACAAAAAAUCUAAAGAGGAGGCGGCUGAAGCAUUGGCGGCCAGCAUAAACUUCAGAACCAUAAUUGAGCUGUUGGUAGAAUCCGAUAAGCCACUGGUGGGUCAUAAUUGUUUCCUGGAUAUGUGUCAACUUGUUCAACAAUUCUGGACAGAACUACCGGAAAAAUUGAAAGAAUGGAAAAAAUUGAAUAGCGUCCAGGAUAUUUUACAGGUCGUUCAAACCGAACCUUUUGAAAAGUUUGCACCGAAAAUUGAAAUGGAUCAAAAAUUCACGCGGUACACUCUCAACGACGAUUCUCUGAAUCAUGAAGCAGGUUACGACGCGUACAUCACCGGAUAUAACUUUAUUAGAUUGGCAUCGUACAUGUUUUACGAAAAAGAGGAAAAGGUCGGGUUCUAUGACGAAUUACUCCGAGAAAAUAUCAAUGAGACCUUAGUACCAGAUGAAUUUGUAUACUCAACUUCUCCGGACGAAGAAAAUGCAGACUUUUUGGAAGAUAUAUUCACAUCCGAGAAGCUGACACGUUUCUAUAACAAAUUGCACCUUCUAAGAUCAGAUUUUAAAUUCAUAUGUCUGGAUGGUGAGGAUGGAUAUCCGCCCACCAAGCCAAACGGGUUCUUACUUUCCAAUAUUCCCACAUCAUGUAAUCACGUAACUUUAUAUGCCCUGUUUGGGGUUUUCGGAAGUAUCUUCUUCCAGUGGAUUGAUGAUACACAUUGUUGGUUAAUAGUUAAAGAUGAUAAAAAAGUGAGUAAGGUUCCAAAAGGUGUCCUUGGGCGAACCAAGUUGUUCUCACUGUUCUUGGAAGGAGGUAAAAAUUAUGAUCUGGCGCUGGAAAAAGGAAUCACAAAGGAGAUGGGCGAGAUUUGCAUUCAAUCAUGGAGUGAUUGGGUCAAAUCAUUAUUGUAUGCCGAUUCAGAGGAUGAGAAGGAGGAGGGGGAGAAAAGAAAUAGCGGUACUGCAUCAAUGGACGAUGUAAGAGUGGAAAAUGGAUUUGAUAACAAUCAGGUUGAGAUACAAUUUGAAAUUAAAGAUACGCCUCCUGCACCUCAUGAUGAAUCGUCAUGGGGGCGCCCGCGAGAAGACAAGUGGGCGGAUGGAGAUGGUAAUAACGGAUGGUUGAAGAAAGAGGUGAGCGCAUGUACUCUAGAAAAAGACGACACUUGGGCGAACAAUGCAGAUGGCUUGGACUGUGAUGACAUUAAAGAUGCGAAAAAUGUGAAAAAUGAUUGGGGCACGUCUUCGCCGGAGACGUUAAAUAUAAGCAUUAAACGUGCGCUGUCGAAUCCUCAACCCCCGGUGGAAGAGGAGGAAAGCGAUACCGAAAUGAACGGGGCCUUCAAGAAGACCAGAAUUGGAUAA